AUGCUCUACGAAGAGCAGGCUUUUCACGUCGAGUUGCUCGUCGUAAACCUCUUAUUUCUGAAAAGACUCGAAAAGCGCGUUUUCGAUGGGCUUCUGAACAUGUCAAUUGGACGUAUGAACAAUGGAAAAAGAUACUAUGGAGUGACGAAACAUGGGUUAAUGGAGAUCAACAUACUAAAACACCGAGUAUUUGAACCAAAGGAUGCAAUAUCGGACGAAAGCCUCUCUUGGGUUCGGUUGCGCAUCAAUCAAUGCUUGGAAAGUCAUUCGAAGUGUUCCAAAUCGUCCAAAAACUUGCUCCCCACCCGAAUUUUAUCGUUUAAGAAGAAUUCGACUGGGUCCAUCGAAGUCUCACUCAAAGAAACCAACAACGCACGCGGCGUCUAUGCCUGUUUCAGCCACCGAUGGGGUGCAUCAGAUCAAUACAUGACUACACGCGGCAUCUACGCCGACAUGCUCCAAGGGAUUCCUUGGACGUCUAUUCCACGAACCUUCCAAGACGCAAUAAAGUUCUCGCUAUCCUUGGGGAUCGAAAAUAUCUGGAUUGACUCCCUUUGCAUCAUCCAAGAUGACCCUUCUGAUUGGCAAGCACAAGCUGCACAAAUGGCCAGUAUAUAUCAGAACUCUUACAUUACUUUGGCAGCGACCGCUUCUUCAGAUAGUCAAAGUGGCUGCUUCUGGCACUCCGAUGCUUCCUACGAGAAGGCUUUCCAGACAGAAAUUGGUGAUUUUUCGGUCCGAAAAACUUUGAAGCAUUGGGAAAGGCUAUGGGCGUCAAAUUCAUCGUUGGUGUUCCCACUGCUCUCAAGAGCAUGGGUUUUUCAGGAGCGCCUGUUACCAUCGAGGGUGCUCCAUUUCUCCCAUCAUGAGCUUGUUUGGGAGUGCAUGGAAUUUGCCGACUGCCAGUGUGGAGGAUAUUAUGUGCCGUCCAAUCCAAAAUCCAGUGACUGGACCAAGGAAGAGUCCUGGUGGUUAGCUGUUGAACUCUACACGUCGUUGCACCUUACACAUCAGCAAGAUCGUCUGCCAGCCUUCUUUGGCUUUGUUAGCUUUUAUGCUCAGUCCACUGGUGCUUCUAUUCAGAAGGAUUACUUUGCUGGACUAUGGAGAAAGUCUCUCCAUAAAGAUCUACUUUGGAGGAUAGAGUCAUCAGCCUUGGAUUUAGGGACUCCACCUACUCGUCUAUGCCUCUGCUUCGAUGGCACCCGAAGCAUAGAUGGAAACUGGAGAUGCCAGUACUCAUAUUCGGCGGCUUGUUCGGCGCAGUGCCUUAGUCAACGACAGUUCUGCCGAUAUGGGCAAUCAGAUGCAGCUGUUCCAUAUGACUUCGAAUUUGUAGGCUCAUGUUCUGGUCGGGAAGACGGGUUUACCUCGAUACCACUAUUGCGAGAUAUGUAUGGAAAAGAAAAAGAACGUCUGUCUUACGACAGAAGUCCCUAUUUGGCACCAUCGUGGUCAUGGGCUUCAGCUCGCACUCGGGUCAAUUUUUGGAAUGACGUAAAAGGACAACGCCAAAAUGACUGCGAAGUCAACCAUAUUGAAGUUAACCACGACCAUCAGAAUCUCGUUGGUUCGAUAGCUUCAGCUUUGCUGAGGGUUAAUGGUCACAUCACUGCCGCACUUCUGCACUAUCAAACUCUUCCAGAUCCGACCAAUUCAAUGGUCCGAAAUCACGACAUUUUGACCUACGGCUUGCAGAUUCGGGAUGAUAAACGCCUUCUUGAUUUUCAUCCUGAUUAUGUAUUUUCCUUGGAGGGAGAAAAGUGGCUUCCUGCGGGUGCAAGAGUGUUUCUGCUUCACAUUACUUCCGGUGUCCACAUGGUUCUGAUAGAAAAGAGCUAUUUUGAGUUGGAUUGGGAAGAAAGACUUACGAUUGCGGAGUCGGGAUCAAACCAAGGUAACCGCUUGAAGGAUAAUGAAAAAUACGUGCGUAUUGGAGUUUUUAGGAUUCCUGACGACAGAAGUGUCCGCUACACUACGACAUAUUGGGCGAAUAAUAUCGAGAUUGUAUAG